AUAAUUUUAGAACUUUACAUUGAAACAAUUCGUUUUACGAAAACACGUUCGAUUGACUUUGGAAAACAAUCCUAACCGUUUUGGAUUCAAACAAACUUAAUUUUAAUCCUAGCCCAAAUUGGUGAAGCCCAAGAUAGAUAAACCCAUAAGUCUUUCCUCUCAUCUCCUUCAACUUCACGUGGAAAAGGAAAAAAAAACCCUCUAACCCACACCAAACAAGAAAAAUCACGUAUUGCUGUUUCACGUGAAAUUUCUCAAACCUCCUCCUUGCUUCAGCUUCCCGGAACCUCUGCGCCGUCACCUUCGGCCGCCUAACCACCGUCGGCGUUCCUCCCUUCUCCGUCGUUCCGCCGCGACCACCACCUCACGGCCUCCCUUGCCGCACCGCGCCGCCCAACUGUUGCAGCCUCCCUAUUCUUCCUGUCACGCACGCAGUCGCAGCCCCUUGCUUGCACAACCACCUCGGCGUGACUACCUUCAACCACCACCAUCAGCAAGCGUCGCCCAACCUCGGCGACCACCUGCACCGUCGUCGCGCAGCCCGCCGUCGGCCAGCUUCCCUCCUCUCUCCUUUGGCGGAGAAUUCUUUGUAGGCGACUUUUGAAUUAUUAAAGUGGUCUUGCAGUUUGUUUACACAAGGAAUAAAAUGUUUCUUUCCAAGUACACCAACAUAGGAUCCUUCGAGAAACUUGAUAUAGAAACCCCAGAUAUUUACGUGAAGAAAAUCAUGUUUGGAUGUGAAUAUUAUGCUAAAGUUCAAGGGCAACCUAUCUUAAUGAGAAAGGAUAUCAUAGCAGCUACUAUCAUUAAUUGCUUACCUAACAAAUUUCCAUACCUAGAACUCAAGGAAAAGUUUAAAGACAUGCAUUCUGAUAAUGGAACUCCAAACCUGGCUAAAUAUGGGACUUGGGAUGGUAGAUGGAAAUAUGAUUCAGAAAUUCUGACCACCAUUAUUGAGGCGGCAGAAAGUGGGUUUAGAGACGGUAAAAUCGUAGGGAGUCAUGUUGGAGAUGCAGUUACAGAAGAACCUAUGGGAGUAAGUGUAAAUAAUGACCUAGAGGAAAAUGAUGUAGCCGUGGAGAGUGAGAAUGUAGGUGUUGAGGCAGAGAAUCCUAACCUAGUGGCUCAUGAGCCAACCAUUGAAAUUUCUAGUGAUUCAGAUGCAGAUCUCGAAAGUGAGCAGCAGGUGGCAAAUGAGCCUAAUCAAGAUGAAGAUAUGGAAGAAGAUGAAGACCCUGAGGAAGAGUUUGAUGAUCUUGAGAUCUAAAUUUCACUCCGCAAGUUUCAGGAGCAAUGGAUAGGCAAGAGGCCACAAAUAUUUUGAAGUCAUAAAUAGUUAAUUUAACUCUUUUAUGUUUUAGAGAAUAAGUAGCGAAGCUACAAUAGUUUAAAGUUAAAGUUUAUUGAAGUUUGAAAUGUUCUUUAUUAUUUUGAAGGAUGUAAUAAAUCUUUAUGGAGUUAGCAAUAAAAGUUAAAGUUUUCAAGGAAUUGUUCUUUAUUCUAUUUUGAGGAUUCCAUAAUACCCCAACCUUUAGGUAACACGUCAUGGAUUAAUUUUCCAUUGGUUGCAUACUCAGUGUGAAUUGUGGAUCAAUUUAAUUGCCACAAUAAUAUUAAAUGAUUUGAGUACAUAAAGGAAGUGAGGGCCAAUCUAGACCCUCAUGACCAAUAUGAUUCAAAAGGUUAUGCCCUAUGUGCAGUGUGUGAAUGUCUUUCGUGAAUUAUCGAGGAUGAUUAUUUUUCAAUGAUUAUUGCAUCUUGUAGACGAUCGUUGCACCUUCAUAAACGAUUGUCGUGCCUUCAUAAAUGAUGUGUAUUAAUGUGAACAUUGUUGGUUGAGGCGAACUUUAUGGUCAAUUCAAGUAUUAAAUUGUAUGGGAUAACGUAUAGGUGAUGUUUCAAACCUAAAGUAG